GCUGGUCGAUUCCCGGGGAGCGGUUCUCCACCUGUUCGGCGGCAGCGGGCUGUGAAGACACCCCUGUGUUUCACAAGCGUGUGCUGCUGGGCGUGAUUCCGGUGGGCGGCAACGAGUUCAGCGAUUCCAACGUCGUAAGCAGCUCUUUUCGCGAGAAGUUGCCACUCCUGGAGAAAUCCCUGGAUGGUCUUCUCGUUGAGAUCCCGUCGACGACGCGCACUUUCCAGCACGCCUUUGAAGGAAUGGAGGCAUGUCCCCCGGCUGCUUGUGCAAGACCCGUCGAUCGACAUGAGGGCAUACUGCCCGCCAGUAAUUCUUUCGCAAGAAUCUUAGUGCAGCAAGACGGGUCUCACUGCCAUCCGCAAGAAACUUGGCAGGGUCUUGCUUAG